UGAACACAAUACAAACUGCCAAAACCAAAUAAUCCAAAUACUAAAAACCAGAGUAUCACAAAAACCCCAACCACAACUUUUUAAUCCAUUUAAGUCCUUUUUUCAUCCUAUGAUCCAAAACCAAAACCGGUCUACCCGUCGGAUUCUCUCAUUUCCGGCGGUGCAUCCUUGCGAAAACAUUGACCCAAAACCGCUUAUUGCUUCAAUUAAAGAUCUAGCGCUUGAAAUCUGCCAAUUCAAGUCUAAAUCAUUCUGCACUAAUGCAAGAAACGCCCGCGAAACGUUUCGUCAAGUUCGUAACAUUCUCACUUUUAUUGAGGAAUUUCCGGUAGAGUUUGAUUUGGGUAUACAUGAAUCAGCCGUUCUCAGCUUGUCGGAGCUUUAUUUCACGUUACAGAAACUUCGUUACUUGUUAGAAGAUUGUGCCCGGGAAGAUGCCCGUUUGUUCAUGAUAAUGAAAUCCGAUCGGGUCGCAAAUCAGUUCCGGGUAUUUUUCCGGGCUAUAGCUGCUGCUUUAGAUGUUCUUCCACUUGGGUUAAUUGAUGUGUCUAGUGAAGUCAAGGAGUUGAUUGAGCUGGUUAUUAACCAAGCAAGAAAAUCAAGAUUUGAAGUUGACCCGGAUGAUAAACGGGUCAUGGGUGAUAUUUUCUUGAUUCUGGGUCAAUUUGAAAACGGGUUUGUUCCUGAUGGGAGUGAUUUAAAGAGGGUAUUGGAUUACAUUGGUGUCAGGAAAUGGAGUGACUGUAAUAAAGAGGUUAAGUUAGUGGAUUCAGAGAUUGGAUAUGAGUGUUCAAAUGAAGAAAAGAAAGGCAUUUUAAGUAGUUUACUGGGGUUCCUGAUUUAUUCAAGAUGUGUUCUUUUUGAUUCUAUUGAUAGUAAAAUUACUCAACAACAGCAGUUUGAUUCUAAGUGUAGCAGUGACUUGCUUAAUUGCAUCAACACUGAUGAUUUCAGAUGCCCAAUUUCACUAGAGAUUAUGAAAGAUCCUGUCUCAAUUCAGACAGGACAUACUUAUGAUCGAUCUUCGAUCUCGAAAUGGUUUAAAUCUGGAAACUCUUCAUGUCCUGUAACAGGGAAGAGAUUAGGAAGUACAAGUUUGGUCUCGAAUUUAGUGGUUAAAGGGUUGAUUCAACAAUUCUGUAUAGAGAAUGGUAUUCCGACAGGAGAAACGAAUCGCAAGAAUCGCGAUAUAACAAUGACUAUUCUUGCAGGUAGUUUAGCAGCUGAGGGAGCUAUGAAAAUGGUGGCUGAUUUUCUUGCUGACAAGCUAGAAAAUGGAGAUCUUGGAGCGAGGAAUAAAGCGGCUUAUGAGGUUAGGCUUCUUAGUAAAGCAAGCAUUUUUAAUAGGUCUUGCUUGGUGGAAUCUGGUGUGAUUCCAUAUCUAUUGAAGUUAUUAGUCUCUAGAGAUUCUCUGUCUCAAGAGAAUGCCAUUGCGGCUUUACUGAAUCUUUCGAAGCAUUCGAUAAGUAAAGGUGUAAUUGUUGAGAAUAGAGGAUUAGAGUUGAUUGUAGAUGUUUUGAAUAAUGGACUAGCUUUGGAGGCUAGGCAACAUUCUGCAGCGACUUUGUUUUACCUCGCGUCAGUUGAAGAGUAUAGGAAAUUGAUUGGAGAGAGUACUGAGGCUAUACCGGGUUUAGUACAGUUAGUUAGGGAAGGAAAUGAUCGCGCCAGAAAGAAUGGAUUGGCCGCGAUCUACGGAUUGCUUAUACAUUUCGGGAAUCAUCAGAGGGUUCUUGCUUCCGGGGUAGUCCCUCUGCUUGUUAAUCUUUUGAUAUCUUGUGAAAAAGAAGAAUUAGUAACAGAUUCUUUAGCAGUUUUAGUUAGUCUAGCUGAAAAAUCCGAUGGGGCAAAAGUGAUUCUUUGUUCUGGCGCCUUAGCUCAAGUUAUCGGAAUAUUAGAUUCCUCCACCUCACGGGCAGGAAACGAGCAAUGUGUAUGUUUGUUGCUUGCUUUAUGCAUCAAUGGUGGCUCAGACGUGGUAGAGCAUUUAGUGAAGAGCCCGUCUCUUAUGGGAUCAUUGUAUUCACUACUGAGUGAAGGCACUUCUCGAGCAAGCAAGAAAGCAAGUGCUCUCAUCAGGAUCCUCCAAGAAUACUAUGAAAGGAGUUCCUCGAGCUCGAAAACUCCGAUUCUCCCUCGAGGACGGUUUAUUCAUGCUUUGUUUUCUUGAAAGCAUAUCUCCAUGUAAAUACAUUAAACAGUGGAGAAAUUGUUGCUUUUUUGUUUAUUUUGUGAUGUUAGCUCAGUUUUUUGAAGAGUUAAUAUCAGGAUUAGCUUCUGUCUUUUUAUGAAGCUUUGUACACAUUGGCUUCUGGUUUUUUUGUGAAGCUUUGUACAAAUAUAUCAUUCUGUUGUAAUAUUUUUGUAAGAAUAAUGAUGUAUGACAUUGUUGUAUAUAUAAUAUCAUUUAUCAAAUAAUGCAAUAAAAGUUCAUAGUCGUUAUACA